CUUAUAAACCAAAUUUUACAUCUACUCAUAAAGCUCUCAAACUCAAAUCAAAAUCUUUUUAGCCGGCACAAAUACUUUACACAAAAAAAAAUGCCUUCAAAGAAAAAAAGUCAAUGGAAAACCUUAGUACUUGGUUGUUUCAAAGACAAAAACCUUACCUUAGAAUCACCAAAACUUGUUUCAAAAAAGCAAGGUUCAAGUAGAAUCUCUCUUUCUGAUUUAAGUGAUUAUUCAUCUCCUUCUGUCAUAAGUGAUUUAUCCAAUUCAUUAGUUGGAAAUGUUCAAAUCUUCACUUGCAAAGAACUCAAAGAGAUCACAAACAACUUCAACAAAUCGAAUUUUCUCGGCGAAGGUGGAUUCGGAAAGGUUUACAAAGGUUUCAUUGAUGAUAAACUUAGGCCUGCACUUGUUCCUCCUCAACCUGUUGCUGUUAAAGCCUUGAAUUUGGAUGGAAAACAAGGUCAUAGAGAGUGGUUGGCUGAAGUGCUGUUCUUGGGGCAGUUGAAGCAUCGCAAUCUUGUUAACUUAAUUGGUUAUUGCUAUGAAGAUGAGCAUAGACUUCUUGUCUAUGAAUACAUGGAAAGAGGAAGUUUAGAAGAAAAACUUUUCAAAGGUUAUUUAGCAACUUUGCCUUGGUUAACAAGAAUCAAAAUAGCACUUGGUGCUGCUAAAGGACUAGCUUUUCUUCAUGAAGAAGAGAAACCUGUUAUUUAUAGAGAUGUUAAAGCCUCAAACAUUCUAUUGGAUGCUGAUUUCGUUGCUAAGUUGUCGGAUUUUGGUUUAGCGAUUGAUGGACCGGAUAAAGAUCAGACUCAUAUCACGACUCGUGUGAUGGGCACACAUGGUUACGCCGCUCCUGAAUACAUCAAUACAGGUCGUUUGACGACGAUGAGCGAUGUAUAUAGUUUCGGAGUAGUUCUCUUAGAGCUACUAACCGGAAAGAAAUCAGUGGACAAAAAAAGACCAUCAAGAGAACAAGAUUUAGUAGAAUGGGCGAGGCCAUUAUUGAAGGAUUCACACAAACUCGAAAGAAUAAUCGAUUCGCGACUCGAGGAUCAAUACUCGAUCGAAGGAGCAAGAAAACUAGCCUCCUUAACCUAUCAAUGUCUAAGCCAUCAUGACAAAAGUAGACCAACAAUGAGAACCGUUGUGAAAACCUUAGAGUCUCUCAUGAAACUAAAUGACAUUCCAAUUGGUCAUUUUGUUUAUGUGGCUCCUAAUGAGGUGACAAAUAGUGAAGUGUCACUAAAUGUGAGUGACAAAAGUGUUGUGAAAGUUAAGGAUGAAGAAAAGGAAGAGGGUCGAAGAAUUCGUCGAAAAAGUCGUAGUAGUCGACGACGGAUUAAGGCAAUGAUGAGGUCUGGUUCUGUUUACUCUGAUACUGCUCUGUAUAAGACUCUUGGAACUGGUUUGUAUUCACCUAAGGAAAGCAAGGAGAAGCAAUAAGAAGAAGAAGAUGAAAUUUGACAGUGUUAGAAUGAUUAAGCCUUGAUUCUCUACCAUGAUAAUGUCAUCAUAGAUAGAGUUAGGAGAAAGAAAAUAGGAGAAGAAAAGACAAUAUAUUACUUGUACAUCACAAUACACAUGUUUUGGUUUUUUUGUGUGGUGUUUUUUCAUUUUUUUGAGGUUUGAAUUUUGAUGUUUUCUUUUUGUAGAAUUUCCAUUUUUUUGUUUAUGUACACAUUGGAUAAUAUAUUCUUAAAUGAAUAGCCACAUUUACAUAAUGUAUGCAUAAUUAAUCAUGUUAUUGGUAAGAA